AUGCCGCGCCGAUACCAUGACUCCCUCUCGCCCUCUUCCUCUUCCUCUCCCUCUCCCGCCCCCUCCCCCUCACGCCACCGCGCCCGCUCAACAUCCUACUCGGACCGCCGACAGCCGGCCUCGCGCUCGCAGUCGCUGGCGCGCCGCUCCCUCUCGGCCUCGCGCUCGCGAUCGCCGUCGCACCGCGGCUCGCACUCGCGGUCCCGCACGUCGCGCGCAGCCAGGGUCAAGGACAAGGUCAAGGACAAGAAGGAGAUCCCCUACGGCUUCCUCGCCGGCAUCGGCGUCUCGGCGCUGCUGCUGCACAAGUACUGGCCCAAGGGCUGGGUGCACGGCGAGGACAAGUACUGGGACAACAAGGUCGGGCGCGCCGCCGAGGUCGUGGUCGAGAGGCCGCGCGGCGUGCUCCGGGAGGGCCGCGUGCGGGCGGGGCCGGUGUUGGAGGAGAUGAGGGAGGGGUGGCGCGAGGAGAGGGCGAGGGAGAAGGGGCUGGAGGUGCCGGAGCCGGAGCCCGAGCGGGAGCGGGAGCGGGAGCGGGAGAGGAGGAGAGGACGGAGCGUGGGCAGAGCGAUGGACAGGGACAGAGACAGGAGCAGAGUGCGGUAUGGGCUGGGCGUGGAUGAUGUGGAUCAUGUGUAUGAGGAUCUGAGGCGGCCGAGGCGGUUUGCGGCCGAUUAUGACGAUGACUGGGACCGCUUGGGACGGUAUCCCGCUGAGCGAUAUGGGGACGAAAGGCGGUACCCGGAAGAUAGACGGUACCCCGAGGAAAGCCGACCGGAAGAAAGACGAUACCCCGCAGAGAGGCGGUACAGCGACCACUAUCGUCGAUAUGAUGUCGAGUACGACGACAUGGUUGGCUGGAGGAGGUAGGAGUUGACGGGGUUUACCAAGUGCGACUUUGACAUGGUGAUAAAGGUAUCUGUCCCUUUUGGGUACCAAGUUAUGAAGCCAACGAGUAGCCGUCUGUUUCUCUA